AUGGACGGCUUUGACAUAAAUUCUUCAGAAAAGGCUGAUGCUUCAGAGCUCCAAAGGAUGAUCGCAAUUGAACAACAGAAAGCGCAGUUUCAGGCCCAGGUAGGUAUCUUUGCUACAUACAGCAGCAGCUAUGCAAUGAAGUUAGCUAGUUAGCUUGCUAGCUAACGCUAGCUACAUGAACUGUAUUCUGAACUGUAUCCUGCAUUGUUAUUUUAUUACACCAUCAAACGUGUUCUCAGAAGGGACAAACUGAAUUGCGAGUUGAUUACGAAAUCAUAUAUUUCUGUUUUAAACCUCCACACGGAAGCUGACUUAGCUGAUUCAUUGCUUCUUUUGAAGGUGCAUAACUUCACAGAUGUCUGCUGGGACAAGUGCAUGGAGGGGAGCCCGAGUUCAAAACUGGAUUCACGGACAGAGACUUGCCUCGUGAGCUGUGUUGACCGCUUCAUUGACACUACCUUGUCUAUAACCAACCGGUUCACGCAGAUGGUUCAGAAGGGUGCCCAUUGA